CUCAUGGGUGCCCCAGAUUACUGGUAAUCCUUGCAGUACUGGCUGCUUGAAACGGUGGCAAUGGAUGCAUUUUCCUCAGUGACAGUGAUGAUCACCAAGCCUGGGUGGAGUAGGAGCCAUGCAGAUGUGGGGUGCACCACCCUCCCCUAGGCAGCACAGGAGAAACAUGACCUGCCUCUUUCUUCAGCUCAUGUGAGACCAUCCUUUAGCCAAAGUGGAGAGACCACCACCCUAAAAUGUCCUCCCACAAACGCAACUUCCAGUGCUUCAAUGCCGUAGGCGGCGAAGGCUCCCACAAGUCUUCCCUCCCCUUCAAGCAUCACAGCAGCCGGCUCCCCAGGAUCCACCACCAUGGCAUGGUGGCUCAUCAUGAACCUCUGGAGGAGUGCUACCUUUGCUCUGAGUAUAGACAUGCCCACGCAUUAGAGACACCUGUGUAUCACGCUCAUAUGCCAUAUCACCACCAUCAUCCACACCGCUAUGUUCUCACGGGACCGACCAGGCCUGAGGAGCCCCCUGUGGCGCAUUCAGGCCACAUUCAUCAUCACAGGUACAAUAAGAGGGUGGUGCUGGUGAAGAACAGCGACCCUUCGUUCAGGAAGACCAUCGUCUUGCACCGCAGGAGUCUACGCAGUCUGGGGCUUUUUUUAGAGGAAGUGUCUGAGCUCAUGCAGUACCACAUCAGGAAGUUGUACACUCUGGAGGGGCGCAAGAUUGACAGUGUCCAGAGUCUGAUGCAGUGCCCCACUGUCCUCGUCUGUGUGGGACGUGAGCCAUCCCACCCAUCCAUCAUGGAGAAUUUUCGGAAAACAUCUGAUGACAAACUUCCAAAGCUGAGUGUGAGGUCUCGCUCCAAUGGCUGUAAUGAAGGUCAGGAGGAAGCUGAAGCAGGCCCCGAGCCCUCUGAUGAAGAACAUGACAAAGAACAAACUGAUGAAAGAGCACCAAGCAGCAUGUCAGCCAAAUCAGUCAAGUCACAUGUUUCUGAAAUAUCUGUUAAGUCUGCAGAGAGAGCACCAAGUGCACUGUCAGUCAGAUCAGAGAAAUCCACAAAGUCUAAUGUUUCUGCUACAUCUAAAAGAUCAAAAGUUUAUGAAGUUCCCUUAGAAGGUGCAGUUGAUGCUACUGGCCCUCCUGAUGAAGGAGAUGAUGAAGAGGAAACACAAGAGAGAGCACAGAGUGCCAUGUCAGCCAGAACAGCAAAGUCAACUAUUUCUGCCAAAUCUACUAAGUCAAAAGGACUUGAUGAUCCAGCUGAGGAAAAUAUAUCUGAUCCUGAGGAACAUGUCGAGAGAGCUCCAAGCAAUUUAUCAGUAAGAUCAGCAAAGUCAAGUCUUUCUGCAACAUCAAGAAGAUCAAAAGUUUCUGAAGUUCCCUUGGAAGACGCAACUGAGAAUCCCGAGGAAAGAGUUGUUGAAGGGGAGAGUGAAGGGAGAGCAAUUAGCUCAAUGUCUGUACAGUCAGUUAAGUCUGAUAAAUCUGCAAGGUCAAAUAAGUCGAAAUGUUCUGCACAUGUUCCAGCUGAAGAAAGCUUUGAGAGCGCUGAUGAAGGAAAUGUCGAAGAACAAACUGAAGAGCGAGCACCAAGCAGCGUGUCAGCCAAAUCAGUCCAUUCACAUGUUUCUGAAAUAUCUAUAAAGUCUGCAGAGAGAGCACCAAGUGCUUUGUCAGCUAAAUCAGCAAAGUCACAUGCUUCUACAAAAUCUGUCAAAUCAAAAGCUUCUGAUGUUUGUUCUGUCAAAAGUACUGGCCCUCCUGAUGAAGGAGAUGAUGAAGAGGAAACCCAAGAGAGAGCACAGAGUGCAAUGUCAGUCAAAACUGCAAAGUCAACUAUUUCUGCCAAAUCUACUAAGUCAAAAGGACUUGAUGAUCCAGCUGAGGAAAAUAUAUCUGAUCAUGAGGAACAUGCAGAGAGAGCACCAAGUAAUUUGUCUGUAAGAUCAGCAAAAUCAGCAAAGUCAAAUGUUUCUGCAACAUCUAGAAGAUCCAAAGUUUCAGAAGUUUGCUUGGAAGAUACAGUUGAGAAUCCCGAGGAAAGAGUUGUUGAAGGGGAGAGUGAAGGGAGAGCAAUGAGCUCAAUGUCUGUACAGUCAGUUAAAUCAAAUACUUCUACAAGGUCAAAUAAGUCGAAAUGUUCUGCCCGUGCUCCACCUGAAGAAGGCUUUGAGAGCCCUGAUGAAGGAAACAAAGAACAAACUGAAGAGCGAGCACCAAGCAGCGUGUCAGCCAAAUCAGUCCAUUCACAUGUUUCUGAAAUAUCUAUAAAGUCUGCAGAGAGAGCACCAAGUGCUUUGUCAGCUAAAUCAGCAAAGUCAGCAAAGUCACAUACGUCUACAAAAUCUAUCAAAUCAAAAGCUUCUGAAGUUUGUUCUGUCAAAAGUACUGGCCCUCCUGAUGAAGGAGAUGAUGAAGAGGAAACCCAAGAGAGAGCACAGAGUGCAGUGUCAGCCAAAACUGCAAAGUCAACUAUUUCUGUCAAAUCUACGAAGUCAAAAGGACUUGAUGAUCCAGCUGAGGAAAAUAUAUCUGAUCAUGAGGAACAUGCAGAGAGAUCUCCAAGCAAUUUGUCUGUAAGAUCAGAAAAAUCAGCAAAGUCAAGUCUUUCUGCAACAUCAAGAAUAUCAAAAGUUUCUGAAGUUCCCUUGGAAGACACAGCUGAGAAUCCUGAGGAAAGCAUUGUUGAAGGGGAGAGUGAAGGGAGAGCAAUGAGCUCAAUGUCUGUCCAGUCUGUUAAAUCAAAUAUUUCUACAAGGUCAAAUAAGUCGAAAUGUUCUACUCGUGUUCCACCUGAAGAAAGCUUUGAGAGCCCUGAUGAAGGAAAUGACAACGAACAAACUGAAGAGCGAGCACCAAGCAGCAUGUCAACCAAAUCAGUCCAUUCACAUGUUUCUGAAAUAUCUGUAAAGUCUGCAGAGAGAACACCAAGUGCUUUGUCAGCUAAAUCAGCAAAAUCACAUGCUUCUACAAAAUCUAUCAAAUCAAAAGCUUCUGAAGUUUGUUCUGUCAAAAGUACUGGCCCUCCUGAUGAAGGAGAUGAUGAAGAGGAAACCCAAGAGAGAGCACAGAGUGCAAUGUCAGCCAAAACUGCAAAGUCAACCAUUUCUGCCAAAUCUACUAAGUCAAAAGGACUUGAUGAUCCAGCUGAGGAAAAUAUAUCUGAUCAUGAGGAACAUGCAGAGAGAGCUCCAAGCAAUUUGUCUGUAAGAUCAGCAAAAUCAGCAAAGUCAAAUGUUUCUGCAACAUCAAGAAGAUCGAAAGUUUCGGAAGUUUGCUUAGAAGAUACAGUUGAGAAUCCUGAGGAAAGAGUUGUUGAAGGGGAGAGUGAAGGGAGAGCAAUGAGCUCAAUGUCUGUACAGUCAGUUCAAUCAAAUACUUCUACAAGGUCAAAUAAGUCAAAAUGUUCUGCCCGUGCUCCCCCUGAAGAAAGCUUUGAGAGCCCUGAUGAAGGAAACGACAAAGAACAAAUUGAACAGCGAGCACCAAGCAGCAUGUCAACCAAAUCAGUCCAGUCACAUGUUUCUGAAAUAUCUAUAAAGUCUGCAGAGAGAGCACCAAGUGCUUUGUCAGCUAAAUCAGCAAAGUCAGCAAAGUCACAUACUUCUACAAAAUCUGUCAAAUCAAAAGCUUCUGAAGUUUGUUCUGUCAAAAGUACUGGCCUUCCUGAUGAAGGAGAUGAUGAAGAGGAAACACAAGAGAGAGCACAGAGUGCAAUGUCAGCCAAAACUGCAAAGUCAACUAUUUCUGCCAAAUCUACGAAGUCAAAUGGACCCAAUGAUCCAGCUGAGGAAAAUAUAUCUGAUCACGAAGAACAUGCAGAGAGAUCUCCAAGCAAUUUAUCAGUAAGAUCAGCAAAAUCAGCAAAGUCAAAUGUUUCUGCAACAUCAAGAAGAUCAAAAGUUUCAGAAGUUUGCUUGGAAGAUGCACUUGACAGUUCUGAGGAAAGAGUUGUUGAAGGGGAGAGUGAAGGGAGAGCAAUGAGCUCAAGGUCUGUACAGUCAGUUAAGUCUAAUAAAUCUGCAAGGUCAAAUAAGUCAAAAUGUUCUGCACAUGUUCCAGCUGAAGAAGGCUUUGAGAGCCCUAAUGAAGGAAAUGACAUAGAACAAACUGAAGAGCGAGCACCAAGCAGCAUGUCGGUCAAAUCAGUCCAUUCACAUGUUUCUGAAAUAUCUAAAAAGUCUGCAGAGAGAGCACCAAGUGCUUUGUCAGCUAAAUCAGCAAAGUCACAUGCUUCUGCAAAAUCUACCAAAUCAAAAGCAUCUGAUGUUUGUUCUGUCAAAAGUACUGGCCCUCCUGAUGAAGGAGAUGAUGAAGAGGAAACCCAAGAGAGAGCACAGAGUGCAAUGUCAGCCAAAACUGCAAAGUCAACCAUUUCUGCCAAAUCUACGAAGUCAAAAGGACUUGAUGAUCCAGCUGAGGAAAAUAUAUCUGAUCAUGAGGAACAUGCAGAGAGAGCUCCAAGCAAUUUAUCAGUAAGAUCAGCAAAAUCAGCGAGGACAAAUGUUUCUGCAACAUCAAGAAGAUCGAAAGUUUCAGAACUUUGCUUGGAAGAUGCACUUGACAAUCCUGAGGAAAGAGUUGUUGAAGGGGAGAGUGAAGGGAGAGCAAUGAGCUCAAGGUCUGUACAGUCAGUUAAGUCUAAUAAAUCUGCAAGGUCAAAUAAGUCAAAAUGUUCUAUUCAUGUUCCAGCUGAAGAAGGCUUUGAGAGCCCUGAUGAAGGAAAUGUCGAAGAACAAACUGAAGAGCGAGCACCAAGCAGCAUGUCAGCCAAAUCAGUCCAUUCACAUGUUUCUGAAAUAUCUAUAAAGUCUGCAGAGAGAGCACCAAGUGCUUUGUCAGCUAAAUCAGCAAAGUCACAUGCUUCUACAAAAUCUAUCAAAUCAAAAGCUUCUGAAGUUUGUUCUGUCAAAAGUACUGGCCCUCCUGAUGAAGGAGAUGAUGAAGAGGAAACCCAAGAGAGAGCACAGAGUGCAAUGUCAGCCAAAACUGCAAAGUCAACCAUUUCUGCCAAAUCUACGAAGUCAAAAGGACUUGAUGAUCCAGCUGAGGAAAAUAUAUCUGAUCAUGAGAAACAUGAAGACCGAGCUCCAAGUAAUUUGUCAGUAAGAUCAGCAAAAUCAACAAAGUCAAAUAUUUCAGCCGUGUCCAAGAAAUCAAAAACCUCUGGCAUUUCUACUGACCAUGUUGCUGAUCCGCCUGAAAAGGCAAAUGAAGAGGAGGUCAGUGAAAGCAGACCAGCAAGUUCAGUGUCAGUCCAUUCAGUCAAGUCAAAGGUUUCUGAAAGAUCAACUAGGUCAAAAUGUUCAGCUGAUGUUUCAGUUGAAAAAAACAUCACCAGACCUAAGUCACAUGUUUCCACAGUAUCUAUAAAAUCAAAUGCAUCUAAAAUUCCUCCCGAUUCUAAUUCUCCUGACGGGAGCAAGGAUGAGGAAGACAGACCAGAGAGUGCAUUGUCUGUAAAGUCCGCCAAGUCACAUAUUUCUGCCAGAUCCAAAAAGUCAGAAUGUUCUGAUGUUCCAGCUGAUGAAAGGUGUGAGAGCCCAUGUGAAGAAAAUGAUAAAGAGCAAACUGAGGAAAGAGCAGCAAGCUGCAUUUCACUCAGAUCAGUUCAUUCUCAUGUUUCUGAAAGAUCUGUUAAGUCACAGGCCUCCAUUGUUACAACUGAUGAUGAAGCUGAACUUGAGGAAACUACAAAGAGAGCCCCUAGUGCCCUGUCAGCUAAAUCAGCAAAAUCGCAUGCUUCGGCAAAAUCUAGAAAAUCAAAUGCUUCUGAAGUUUGUUCUGUUGAAACUACUGGCAUCUCUGAUGAAGGGAACGAAAAGGAGGAAGCUCAAACGAGACCACAGAGUGCAACAUCAGCCAAAUCCACACAGUCAGCCAUGUCUGUAAAAUCAAGUAAGUCAAAAGUCUGUGAAGUUUCUUCAGAAGAAAACGCAUCAAAUGAUGAGGAAACUGCACAAAGACCACCAAGCACCCUGUCAGCUAGAUCAGCCAGAUCUGCCAAAUCAACACAGUCACAUAUUUCUGCAAAGUCUAGUACGUCAGAAGCCUCUAAUACUCAAAGGGAAGAGACUCAAGAGGAUACGACAGAGCGAGCACCAAGCAGUGCCUCUGUCAAAUCAGCGAAAUCUAGAAUGUCAAAUGCUUCAACCGUAUCAAGGAAAUCAAAAGCUGUUGAAGAUGGCGGUGACAUCGCUGAUGAAAACACUGAAGAAGACACAGAGGAGAGAGCAAUGAGCUCAGUGUCUGCCAAAUCAGUGAGGUCAAAAGUAACAUCAAUAUCUACAAAAUCAAAAGCUUCUCACGAUCCUCAAAAUGUAAACAAUGAAGAGGAUGGUGGAAAUGAAGCUGAAGAAAGUGUGGCUGAUUGUGAGGAAACCGAAGAGAGGGCACCAAGCACCAUGUCAAUCCAAUCAUUAAAGUCAGAUCUGUCUCAGAAGUCCAGGAAAUCAAAAGUUUCAGAAAGGAGAUCUGAAACACACGGUGAAGAGGCAGAUCAAACUGAGAGGACUCCAAGUGUUUUGUCGGUAAAAACAAAGUCAAACGUAUCUGAAAUUAGUGAAAGGACUGAUGUAAGAACAAGAAGUGCAAUGUCAACAAAAUCAGCUAAAUCAAAUCAAUCGACAAAAUCAAACAAAUUAAUAGCUUCUGAAAUCCCUACUAUAGAAAGUUCGGAAACUCCUAAUGAAGAAAAUGCUGAAGAGAAAUCGGAGAGAGCUCCAAGUGCCAAGUCAGCAAGGUCAAAAACAUCAGUGAGAUCAAAGAAAUCCAAAGUAUCUGAUGUUCCUGCUGAUGAAAACGAAGAGAGAACACUUAGCCCCGUGUCAGUAAAAUCCAGUCGAUCCGAAAUAUCGGGCAUGUCUGAAAUCCCUGCUCUGACAGUUGAGGAAAGUGAGGACAGAGUACCUUCAGCCAUGUCAUCAAAGUCUAAGGUUUCAGCACGUUCAAAUAAGUCAAAGGCAUCUGAGGUUAAAGACAAGAAAAGCGAAGGGCGGCCAAAAAGUUCUUUAUCUGUCAAGUCAAAUCUGUCUGUGAAAUCUCGAAAAUCCAGAGCAACUGAUAUUUCAGUAGGAGAAAUUGUGGAAAAUAACGAGGAGUCUGUUCACGUUCCUCCUGAUGAGAACACCAGUGUUUCUUCUGUAACUGUAGGGGAAGAUGUGAGUCCUGAAGGUGAGAGUAAACCCAUGACUAGUUUGCAUGAGGAAGAGACACAAGAUGCAGACGAUCAAGAUACAAAACAUGCAAUUCCAGAACCUAUUACUAAAAUUGAGUCUGUUGCAAAAUCUGCUGUGUCAGAAACCUGUCGAAGUGCACAACAACCAAAAGGAGAUAAACAUGGCAUAUGUCACGCAGAUUCAAAUGAAAGUGGUAUGUCACAAACUCUGUCCAGUUCAGAUGUUCCCAAAGAGACGUGUGAGACUCACGCCACUGAAGAAUCAAAAUCUAAUGAGUCUAAGAGGAUGACAAAUGGUCCACUGGAAGCUGCAGACACCGGUCGGAGUGUCAAGGAUAACAAAAGUGACAAAAGCAGCAAGCGCAGACACAAGAACCCAAACGCUGACAACACUGAGCUGGUCCCAUCUAGCCUUCCAAAUGCAUCCCCCACUGAGGUUGUGAGUGAAUGGCUGAAUUCAAUACCAGCAGAGAGUGAUAUGUACAACAUGGAGGAAUUUCAUGAAAACUGUGAGGGACAGAAAACUGGUCACACAAUGGAGGAAAUUAACAAAAUGGAGAAUAAUGAAACACACGACUCUGCAGCUGAGGGUACAAAAGACACAAAUGAAGGAGUUGUAAUGAACAGUGUCCCUAAGGAUGACUGCCAAGCGAGCACAGAUGCACCAAAUGCAGAUAAUGCCUGUACUCAGAGAGACGAUGCUUCAAAGAUAUUCAACUCGUCAGUACAGGUGAUGAAAGUUCUUUUAAAUCCAAAGCUGGACAGAUGCAACAGUUUACCGGAAAUCUCUCCAGUGUAUGGACGUAAACUAAGCACUUCAGCUAGGGGUCUUCUGGAUUGCCUUGUGAAGUUGCAGUUAAUAGACAAUAAUCCUAAAAAUGCAAACGAAAAGGAUGAACGAUACCAAGAGCUAAUGAACAUUCUUAAGUCACUUUGGCUUUGUGAUCCUCCAAAAAACGAACGUGUGUUAAAGAAGGGUGAUCGCCGUUCUGUGGAUGAUGAAUUCAACCAUACGUCGUCCUCUGGUGUGGAUGUCAGCAGUGGCUCUACGGGCUCUGGGAACAGUAGUGAUGGCGUAAAGGGUAAUGUGUCUAAACCACAUACAAGUGCAGAUACGUUAAGGAGAGUACAAGAAGUCUGUGAGGUUGAAGCAGAAGCUCAAUGGACAUCUGAGAGAGAAGUAGAAGGAAUGUAUGAGGAAAAACAAAAGGAAGAUGAUCCAGCAACAGAUGAAACAAUUGAAGGCGACAGUCCAACAGAACUACCUGAAACACCACCCUCCUCAAACGUGAGUUCAGGAAAUGGCAGUAAAAUUACGUCUCAGGAUCCUGAUCCUGUUUGGGUCUUAUCCCUAUUAAGUAAAAUAGAAAAGCAGUUCAUGACACAUUACAUCAACGCAAUGAGUGAGUUCAAAGUCCGGUGGAACCUGGAUAAUAAUGAGCAGCUUGACAUGAUGAUAAACGAACUGAAAAGUGAGGUCCAAAAAAGAAUCCAAAGAAGUAUAAACCGGGAACUGAGGAAAAUUCAGGCUCAAGCAGGCCUACCAAGACCUCCUAAAGACGCAAUGUCCCGUGCUUCAACCACACAAACAGAUGAGAGAAGACGGAGGCUGAAGAUUAUGCUCAAACAAUCAGUUGAUCCCCAAGCAGAAAAAAGUGACGAUUCAGCAACAGGCACGUCUUACAGUGACCAGCGGAGUGAAAACGAUGAUGAAUACUGUCCAUGUGAAACGUGCGUUAAGAAGAAAAUGACGUCAAGGCGGCCACUUCCUGCAGAAGCUAUGAAUAUUGCACCUGUUGCUGUAGAAUUUGACCUGAAGAGGAUUCUGGUGAUGAAGAAUGGUGGUCCUGGCAAUACACAGGCAAUCAGCUGUGCUCACGCUGAAAAUGAUACUGAAACAAGAGCAGCAGAAACACUUGUAGAAGCAGUUAUUGUCAAAGCUGUAACUGAAGUGGAAAGGAAUGAAGUAUGUCAUCAUACUGAGGAAGUGUGUCAAGAUGCACGUCAAGAAGAUGAGCCUGAAAACAAAGAUACAGAAAAUGCCAUCCAAGAAUUGACUGAACAGACUGUUGCUGAGGUAACAGUGAAGGCCUUGUCUAUAGAUAAUACUGAGGCAUUAAGCAAAACAGAAGAUGAAAUGGCAGAAAAUGAGAGUGGAGACAUAGGCACGGUAGAGGAUGAAUCCAUGAUAGAGGACGCAGGCACAGCUGAACUGAAGAAGGCAGAUGACAAUGAUGAGGAACUGUCAGAGGAACCUGCAGAAGGAGCAGAGGUUGAUGUAGAAAGUCAGACUGCUGUGGAUGAGUCCAAAGAAGAGACUGCUGAAGCCACCACUGCUGAAGAUGAAAACGCACAAGAAGAGGAUGACGAGGCAGUCACAGCUAAAGAUGAAAAUGACAAAGACGAGGCUGUGGAAGCAGAGAUGGUUGAUAAUGAUGAAGAGAUUCCUGCCGUGAGUGCAGAUGAGUCUGCAGUUGAGAAUGAUGGUACAGUCACAGCUGAAGAUGAGAUUGCUGCAGACAAAGAGAUUGCUGUCACAAGUGAAGAUGAACUUGAGGAGGAGGCUUCUGAAGCUCCCACAGCCGAAGAUGAAAAUGCAGCAGUAGAAUCCACUGUGGCAGCUACAAGUGAACAUGAAUCUGACAAAGAUGAGGCUGUGGAAGAAGGGACAGUCGAUGAUGAAGAGGAGGUUGCUGCCACAAGUGCAGAUGAGAACGAUGACACAGCUACAGCUGAUGAAUUAGCAAAAGAAGCUGCUGAAGAAGCAAGUGAAGAUGAGAUGGCUGUAGAAAAAGACACAGGCGAAGACGAGUCAAAGGAUGAGACUGCCGAAGAUGAAAUUACAGCAGACAAGGCCGCUGUGGCUGCAGCAACUGAGCAGGAAUCAGACAAAGAUGAGGCAGUGGAAGAAGGGACAGCUGAUGAUGAAGAGAUCGCUGCCACCAGUGAUGAUGACCUGGAGGAAGAGGCUGCUAAAGCCACCGCAGCUGAAGAUGAAAAUGCAGCAGAAAAGGCUGACGUGACAUCCGCAGGUGAACAUGAAUCUGACAAAGACGAGGCUGUGGAGGAGGAGACAGGUGAUGAAGAAGUCAAGAUUGCUGCCACGAGUGCAGAUGAGAACGAUGACAUAGCUACAGCUGGUGAGUCGUCAAAAGAACCAGCUGAAGAAGCAGAAACCGAAGAUGAUAUGGCUGUAGACAAGGAGUCUGCUGUCACAGAUGACGAUGAAUCAAAGGACGAGACCGCUGAAGACGAAACUCCAGCAGAAGAGACUGCCGUAGCAGAGUUAACCGACCAUGAAUCAGACAAAGAUGAAGCAGUGGAAGAAGGGACAGCUGAUGAUGAAGAAAUUGCUGCCACUAGUGAAGAUGAACUAAAGGAAGAGGCCGCUAAAGCCACCGCAGCCGAAGAAAAGGCUGAUGCGACUUCCACAGGUGGACAUGAAUCCGACAAAGACGUGGCUGUGGAAGAAGAGAUGGUUGAUGAUGAAGAGGAGAUUGAUACCACAAGUGCAAAUGAUUCUGCAGAUGAGAACGAUGAUGAAUCGUCAAAAGAACCAGCCGAAGAAGGAACUGAAGAUGAGCUGGCUGUAGAAAAGGAGAUCACAACUGCAGAUGAAUCAAGGGAAGAGGAUGCUGAAGAUGACGCUGAAGCUGAAGAGACUGCUGUGGCAGCAACAACUGAAAAUGAAUCUGAUGACGAAGAAGCUGUGGAAGAAGAAGACAUUCCAGCCACCACUGCUGACGAGUCUGCAGAUGAGAACGAUGACACAGCCACAGCUGAAAAAAAAGAAAGUGACGAUGAGGUUGCUGUAGAAAAGGAGACUGCUGUCACAACUGAAGAUGAAUCGAAUGAAGAUGCUGCUGAAGCCACCACAGCUGAAGAUGAAAACGUGGCAGACACAACCGAACAUGAAUCUGAACAGGAAGAGGCUGUGGUAGCGUCGGCAGCUGAAGACGUGGAAGAGACGGCUGCCACCAGCGAUGAUGAUUGUGCAGAGAGUUUGGAUGGCACCACAAAUGAAGAUGAGGCCGCAGAGGAGAAUGAACCAGCUGUGGAGGCAACAACUGAAGAUGAGCUUGUUGUGGAAAAGGAGAUUGCCGGUACAAGUAUGGAUGAACUUAAGGAAGAGGCUGCUGAAGCCACGGCUGCUGAAGAUGAAAAUGUGGCAGACACAACUGAACAUGAAUCUGAACAUGAAGAGGCUGCAGAGGAAGGGACAGCCGACGAUGACGAGGAGAUUGCUGCCACGAGUGCAGAUGAGUCUGCAGAUGAGAACGACGACACAACCACAGCUGAUGAAUCGUCACAAGAACAGGCUGAACAGGCAACAACUGAAGAUGAGAUGGCUGUUGAAAAAAAGGCUGAUGUCACAGGCGAAGACGAAUCAAAUGAAGAUGAAACUGCGGCAGAAGACACUGCUGCGGCAGCCACAACUGAAAAUGAAUCUGACCAAGAUGGAGAAGAGACUGCUGCCACCAGAGAUGAUGAUUCAGCAGUAGAUGCCACCACAAAUGAAGACGAGACUGCAGAGGAGAGUCAUGUCACAGGUGAUGAACUGUCAAUGAAACCAGCUGAAGCAGCAACAGCCGAAGAGGAUGCGGCAGAAAAAGAGGGGAGUGUCGCAAGUGAAGACGAAUCAAAGGAACAGACUGCUGACGAUGAAACUGAAGCAGAGGACGCUGCUGUGGAAGAAGAGUCAAAGGAAGAGCCUGCAGAAGCCACCAAAGUUGAAGAAAAUACUGCAGAUGAGUCUGAUGAGACAGCCACAGCUGAGGGUGAAUCUGGAGAGGAUGAGGCUGCUGCGAACGAUGAAGAUGAAACUGCGGACAAUGAUAAUGCAACAACGGCUGAAGAUGAAAGUGUUGUUGAAAAAGAACAUGAAGCUAAAGAUAACAGUGUUGACGAACAGGCAGAUGUUGAAGCUACAUCUGAACAUGAAUCGGACGAAGAUGCAGCUGCGGAAGCCACCAGUGCAGAUGAGUCCGAGUCAGAUGAGAGGGAAAAAGCUGGCAAAGCCAUAAGUGAAGAUGAAGCUGCUGAAGAAAAAGAGAUUGCUGCCACAAGUGAAGAUGAAAAGGAGGAAGAAGCUGGUGAAGAGGAAAACACUGCAGAAGAUGUGGCAGCUACAAGUGAACAUGAAUCGGACAAAGAUGAGGCUGUGGACGCCACCAGUGCAGAUGAGUCCGAGUCAGAUGAGAAGGAGACAACUGACAAAGCAACAAGUGAAGAUGAGGAAAAAGAGAUUGCUGCCACAAGUGAAGAUGAAAUGAAGGAAGAAGCUUGUGAAGAGGAACAUGAAUCUGACAAAGAGGAAGCUGUGAAGGAAACUGCUGCUAGCACUGAAGAUGAUUCUGCAGAAGACAUGGAUGCCACCACAAAUGAUGAAGCUUCAGAGGAAAACGACAACACAACCAAAGCUGACGAACUGUCAAAAGAACCCUCGGAAGCAGCAACAACUGAUGAUGAGGUUGCUGUGGAAAAAGAGGCUGCUACCACAGAUGAGGAUGACGCCAAGGAGGAGACUGUCGAGGGAGCUACGGCCACAGAAAAAGAAAAUUCAGAUGAAGAGGAAAUCAGUAAAGCUGAUGAUGAAUCAAAGGAGGAGGUGGAGGAAACCACAAAUGAAGAACUUGUGGGAAAGGAUGUUAAUGAUGAAGCUGAUCCUGAAUCAGCAGGAGAUGAAAGCUCCAAAGCUGCGCAAACAAGAACUUGUGGGAAAGGAUGUUAA